ACUGUUGUGGGUAGCCAACCGUUUGUCCAAUUCAAAUUCUGCAUCUGGAGAGACCCAUUUUCGUUUUCAAAAAUUGAAUCCCUCAUUAUUAUACCUAGAAUGCUCUUUCGACGCCUCCUCUCUGCAGCCUUUGUAGGCACUGUUGCUGCAGACUUCGUCAUCGUUACAACGACUUCGGUUUUUUCAACGAGCUUCAAGGACACCGCUGCAGCUUCAAAAUGGUCAUCCAAGAAAGAAUCGCAGCUAGAAUCGGCCUACUCGACCUAUGUCACACAUUUGACAGCCGAUCCGAAGUAUGCUAGUGUGACGUCGGCGAUUGGCGAAUUCGUCGCAACACGAACUGAUGUUGAUGCGUCCGUUAUCACUGCGACAGACGAGACUACAACGUAUACGAGGGUGCCAGCGUGGUAUACAGCUAUGCCAAAGGAUGUCAAGGACUACCUCCAGAGCAUGGCCGAUGAGAGGGAGAAAAUAUUCUCCAGCGUUGUCAGCCAUGACGCUGCCCCUGCUGCAAGGCCGACGGGAGCAGUGAAGUACGUCGGUGCUGGAAUGGCGGCGGCUGCAGCUGGCGCUGUAAUUCUGCUUAAGAUUUUGUCUCUGUAUCUAAUGAUGAUUUCCUCUAUCUUGAUAACAGAGACCUUUGGACGUCUGAAAUGAAAUAUAUAUAGUUUUAGAGGAAAGGGUGUUAUGAAAGGACUCUUGGGUAAGAGAACCGUAGCUUUACAAAUGCAG